AUGGCAAAACCAUGUGAGGAGCCCCUGAAGGGGUGUCAACUGUGUGGAUACAGAGUAAUGAAUUAUACCCCAGAAUUUAUUCAACUACUUAAGAAAGAAUUUAGCGAAUUAAAAGAAUUUAAAAUAUUUUGGAAUAAAUACAAUGAAAAUCCUGAUUUGGUUAAUGACUUGUGUGAGAGAUGUCAAAUAUCGUAUUGGCAAAAAUUAAAAUAUACCAAUCACAAUCAAGUGAAACAACAUAACCGGACUGCAGAUACUCCAAGAAAAAGUUUUUCGUCUUACACAUUUGUUUUAAUAAUAAUGGCAUCACUGUUAGGAGGAUACCUGUUUAGUAACUUUGAUAAUCUUUCUAAGACUAACAACAACGAACUCAGUAAAGAUAAAUUGAAGAGCACAAUGAUGUCACUAAAGAAUCAUUUUCCGUCGCUGCAGCAGAGCAUGAUAAAAAAGCUAGGUGGCGCUUUUACGCGGCUUCAAACUCCGGGUGAACCGAUUGUUUUCAUGCUUUUACAUAACGACGCCAACAAACAGACUACCGACUGCUUAGCGUCCUACGCAAGCGUUUCGGCCAAAAAAUAUAUAUUCACUAACUCCGCCCAAGGCUUGUGGAUGAACGGGUCGGAGUGGACUAGUUAUUCGGACCGCGAUGAUGAAGACUUGUUCUACGAAAAGCUGAAUGCGCCGCUCGAGAAGAAUGAAGUGCUGGUGUUGGAAAACUUGCAAGACUUGCCGUGGUCGUUGGCCAAGGCGCUGCACCACCUGUGCGACUCGGAAAAUCCGAAGUACACAAAGGCCAUGUACAUGCUAGAACUCAGGGUGAAUGGUGACCUGCAACAGCUGUCCGAUGGUGACAAAAUAGUAGCAGCUGAGCGGGCAAUGAACAUGGCGUGGCAAGAUGCGCCGAAUGAGUUCAGAGAACCUCUGAUCGCCCGGCUCACAUCAUUCGUGGACGCUGUGCAGUGGGAAUCGGAUGAGGCAUGUCAAGGAGAAUCUUCUUUCAUCAGGAUUUCGCCAUGA